AUGUUGUUCACAGCAGUGACUCUCGCUCUUUUGGGCCAAGCUUUGGCUGGCCCCGUCGAACUUCAGGAACGACAGAGCAGCUGUCCCAAUAUCCAUGUCUUUGGUGCUCGCGAAACCACCGCACCCGCCGGCUAUGGUUCCUCCUCCACUGUUGUCAAUCUGAUCCUCAACGCCUACCCAGGCUCCACCUCCGAGGCGAUCAGCUACCCUGCUUGUGGCGGUCAGUCUUCCUGCGGCGGAGUCAGCUAUGGCAAUUCGGUGGUUGCCGGAAUCAACGCUGUUGUGAGCGCCGUGAACUCGUUCCACCAGAGAUGUCCAAACACCAAACUGGUCCUUGUCGGAUACUCUCAGGGUGGUCAAAUCAUGGAUGACGCCCUCUGCGGUGGUGGCGAUCCAAACGAGGGCUACUCCAACACAGCCGUCCCGCUAUCCGCAUCGGCUGUCAACAUGAUCAAAGCGGCUAUCUUCAUGGGCGAUCCUCGCUUCGUCGCGGGUUUGCCGUACAAUGUCGGCACCUGCAACGCGGGUGGCUUUGACCGUCGUCCUGCUGGCUUUAGCUGCCCAUCUGCAAGCAAGAUUAAGUCGUACUGCGAUGCUGCCGAUCCAUACUGUUGCAACGGAAACAAUGCCAACACCCAUCAAGGCUACGGAACCGAGUACGGACAGGCAGCUCUUAGCUUUGUCAAGAGCAAGCUCUGA